GAUCAAGUGAGCUACACGACACACGCAGUCAAGUGGUAAGUAAACCAGCUUCUCUUUUUUUGGUAAUGCAAGACGGGAUUAUCUCCAGCCCUACUUUUGGUACUGCUUCUGCAAAGUGAUGAUGUCCCUGCGUGCUGGACUUAUAAAGUGAUUUUUUUUCAGCUAACAAGUUCCCACAAGUGCCUCACGGAGAGGUUUCAGUCGCCACGGGUUUCCAAAGAAGACAGUUGCGCGCAAAGGGACAUCAUGAAGGAUCAAAGCUGUACUGAUGAAAUUACACAAAUCUUCCAAGAGGCUCCGUCGGCGAGACAAGCCCUGUUGGACAACUAUGACAACCUGAUGAAGGUGGCUGAAUACUGCGAGAGCAACUACCUACAGGCAGGUGCGGAUGCGGUCAAGGCCCUGGAGGAGACUAAGAACUUCACCACCCAGUCUCUGGCCAGUGUGGCCUACCAGAUCAGCACCCUGGCCUCCAACGUCCUCAAGCUGCUGGACGCACAGAACUCCCAGCUCAGACACAUGGAGUCUUCUGUCAACCUCAUCGGACAGACAGUGGACAUGCACAGAGAGAAGGUGGCCCGGAGAGAGAUAGGGGCUUUCACCACAGCCAAGAGGGUUCCCCGCAGUCACAAAAUAAUCCCCCCGGUAACAGGCAAGGAGCCCAAACCCAAGUACGCCCGUAGUCCCAUCACCUACUCGGACCUGGACACACUGGGACAUGGCAUGAAGGAUUCCGGUAAGCUGAUGGGGAAAGCAGGGUCAUCAAAACGCAAACAUGGCGGCACCAUCAGCAGGAGCAGUUCCAGGGCACCCCCAGAGCCUGUCCAGUGUCCCAUAGCCCCCUCUCUGUCUCGAGGGGCGUCCCUCACCUCUCUCAAUGAUCGCUCCAUUGGGUCCAGCUUCGGCAAGGCCGUGCCUCCCCCCGUGGUCCCCAGCUGGCCCGUGUCACCUUCCUCUGACAUCAUCACCACCCUGCUGGAGGAGGCCCCGCCCCCACCACCGCCCCUGUCUCUGAUGGAGGAUGGUGACGCCGCCAUGACAGCUGUGGCCCCUCCUCCUCCCAUGGCGCCUCCUGCCUCCUCUCUGGAUGUCCCUCCUCCCCCUCCUCUGCCUCCCAGCACCCCUGAACCUGCCCAUACCAGCCUAGCCUGCAUCCCCCCCCCCCCUGCCCCCCCCCCACUGGAGACCGUGGCUGAAGAGAACGGCUUCCCGCCCCCAAUGCCACCACCAUCUGACGAGCCUCUCCCUCCACCAUCCAGUGAGGGCCUGGAGCUCCCUGACCCGCCCCCUCCGCCGAGUGAUGAAGUGGACGAAGAUCUGAUGAUCCCAGCCCCGCCUCCUUCACCUUUUACCGACAGCGUGGGUGGCUUUGAUGACACCAUGCCACCCCUACCUCCCCCUGCUGAUUAUGACACGACUGGCCCUACAGACUUCUUAGAGAAAGUGGUGGCGCUGUACAGCUACAACUCAGGGAAUCCUGGAGACCUGGUGUUCCAGGAGGGAGAAGUCAUCUACCUGAUCAAGAGGAAUGAAGACGGCUGGUGUGAGGGACUGCUCAACGGAGUAGAGGGAUUCUUCCCUGGGAACUAUGUAGAUUCCUUCACCAACUAAGAUAUUAGACCAUUUGAAGGUAGACUCAGCGAUAGGACGUGUGUGCAGGAAGUAAACCGCAAAGUGGGUCAAUUUCCGCUACAACUAAGAGUUUUGAAGCCCGAGGCUCAACUUGUCCUGUGUUUUGGUCUUGUGGCUACCAUGUUGUAAAAGCGUGAGGCGAACCCGUGCACAUGCGCAGAUACUGUGUGUGUGACAGCGUGAGAGCAGAGUCGUGCGUCUCACUUAGCGUAACAUCUGCGGUGCUGCUUGUGGCAAUGUCAUUUCGCUUAGUCCGCCUUUAAUAUGAAGAGGGAAAGUCGGCUCUGUCCACAAACAACCCCUAACCCUAUACCCUAGGUCUACCUAGGCACUUUAUGUUGAUCAGGAAGAAUUGGACGGGUGUAAACAUACCUAUUCACAUCAUUGGUAUAAGCAAUAACUAUUGUAGCUUUACCUGUCCCUUUUGAUUGGCCAGAUGGAAUUUCAAUCAUAUUGCCUGUCUGGUAUAGAGUUUCAGGCUAGUGGUUGUUGGGUUGUUUCUUGAUGGGGAUGUAGUCAACUGUAGAAAGACCUCUACUGACCCCUAUAGGUCAUGCAUAGUAAUAUGAAUGGAAAUAAGGCACUAUUUACACUUGGAAUGAUGACAGGACUCUGAAAUAUAGCCACCAUAUGGCGCGAGGGGCUAGCUAUAUAUUACCAAGAGGGUCACUAGGUAGGACGACUUAAUAUCUGCUAUCUUUCAACCAAGACUAGAUCAAAUAUAGAAAAUCAGCUUGCUUAUUAACCACGAAGGUAGUGAAUACUUGGGAAAUGCUUUGCAAGUUAUACAAUGGCUCUAUGUCCCGUUCAGUAUUGUUUUACAAGUACUGUAGUACCAGUAUAUGAGCUAGUUUGGCCUUACUGUUGUGCUCAGUAGGACAAGCCCUGAACGCUGUAUAAUGAUGUGGUAAAGUUGCUUCCUUUUUAUGUCAAUGGGACCAGCCACUGUUUGCUGCUGCAGUUUUUGGCUCUGCAGGAUGAUAUUGGUCACUUAAUUCGACUUGUACUAAUAUAUUUUGUAAUAUUCAAACUCAGAUGAAAUAAUAUAUGGAUUAUAGAGAAAAUUAUAGGAGAAAAUAUUUGUAUGAAAUUCUGUUUACGAGGUGAAAAUAUUUUACUGGUAGUGAUGUCAUGAGAUUGAAAAAAUGUGAAAGUGAUUUUAAACUUGUUAAUGUUGUCAGUUAGUUUCCUUUUGAUACUUAGUAUAUCCUUUAAGGUUGAACAAUGUUUCAUUUACAUGUCUUUCAAUAAAUGCUUAGCUUUUCCAAAUAAACUUUCUCAAGUUCUCAUGCUAAUCUAGAAACCAACUAGUGAAAAUGAGAUUACUACUGUAUGUGCC